AGCCAUCCGCCAUCUUGAUACUCCCAAAACAAGCAUGCAGACCUGCGCAGCUACAGCGAUGAACUGCGUUAAUCACCCGUUUCGUGGCUGUCAGAAAACGUUCCACAGGUGGACCAUCUGGAGUCCAGAACCCAGAGCCUUCAGCAGCAGCAGUUCUCCGCGGAGUCCGCUAUGGAGCUGGACGUGCUGGUCUACCCGGACGAGGUGCGGGCAGUCACCCCCGAGGACCUGCGCCAGUGGGAGCUGGAGACGGCCAGCCAGAGGUCGGCGCCGCCCGCCGAGCCCCGGCUCUUCGUGGCGCUCUACCCGUACAACCCGGCCGCCAUGUCGCCCAACCCGGACACGGCGGCCGAGGAGCUGCCCUUCGUGCCCGGCCAGAUCAUCAAGGUGUUUGGAGAGAAGGACCCGGACGGCUUCUAUCACGGAGAAUCCGGCGGCCUGUCGGGUUUCGUCGCCAGCAACCUGGUGGCCGAAGUCCCCGUGGACGACCGAAACCUCAAACAAAUGCUCAUGCGCCAGGGAUUCAUUCCCGUUGACCAGUCGGGGACGUGUUCGAGUCCCGACUUGAGCGACGCGUGCAGCCUUCCCGAAGACGUCAUCGUACGCCGCAUGGUGGCCUUGUUCGAUUACGACCCGUGGGAGAGUUCGCCCAACGUCGACAGCGAAGCCGAACUGGGAUUCCGUUCGGGCGACGUCAUCUACGUGCUCGGCGACAUGGACCCCGACGGGUUCUACUACGGCGAUCUGCAAGGACGACGAGGUUUGGUACCGUCCAACUUUCUGCAGCCGCUCCCGUGGGAUUAGUGACGUUUUGCUCUUUUCAUUUUUUUUUUUUCACUGCGUAACGUGGAAUAGAAACAAAAUAUUUGGUUGCAAAAGAUAAUAUAUUAUUAGCCUUAAGGAUUUUUUUUAGGGUGCUUUUUUUCACAUUUAUACAUUUUCUAUUUUGGUCUUUUUUAUAUGACGCAAAACAUUUUCUAAAUGAUAAACUGAACAAAAAUAUACAAUUUUAUUUCAUACUCUUUUUAUUAUACAUACAGUAUUUACCAAUAUAGAAUUCUUGUGCUCCAGUCAGUAUUUUUUUAUAGUAUUUCCCAAAAUUCACUUCAUGAAUAAAAAUAAAAUGAUGCAUAAAAGGGAUAAAUGUGUGCUUUUUUUAAAAAAAAAAAAGACAUGCUUCUUUUUAGUUUCAACAUUGAAGCUUUUGAAAAUUCAAACAAAAAAUGAAAUUUGUGCACCUUUUAUUUGUUUUCAUUGACAUUAGAUCCACUUGUAUGUUAAAAAAAAAUACACAUAUCACAAUGUAUGUACAGGGUGUCCCAAAAAUGUAUAUACACUUCAAAUAAUAUAUGUAAAUUAUUUUACAUGUAAAAAAAAUAUAUAUAUUCAAAUUAUAAUAAACAUCAAGUUUAGAAUUAUUUUAAGUGUAUGCACAUUUUUUGGGACAGCCUGUAUUUAUUUUAGCAUCCAUUUUUUACCUUUGUUUUGUUAACAGCUUUUUAAUGGAAUAUUUUUAAAAAUAAAACUGAAAGUAAUGCAAAUCAAGUAUGCAGCAAAAAAAAGUUAAUUUUAUGCAUAAAAAGGCUUUUCAUUUAUUUAAAAUUAAUCAAGGUUAAAACUAGACAUUGUACUUUUGUUGUUGUUGCAACGUUUCCAUUUAAAUGUAGUAGUUUAUGAUAUUUUGUAUUGAUAUUGUGCGUCAUGUAAAUUACGGUGAGGUCAGUAUUUGGUUAAUAUAGAUAGAUAAUUAGGAUUACACACGUUUCUGCUUUUGACAAUAUGACAUGAUUUGAAAUAAUAAAAUGCAUUUAUCUAUUUGUAUUCCGAUGCAGCAGUUCAUAUAUUUACCAAGGUCGGUUGCCGGUGCUCUUCCCCGCGUCGCCACCAGCGCAGUCAUCCACAAAGUAGGAAACACUACACAGUGCACUGAGGGCUUCUUUUUUUUUUGCAGUGUUUUCUACUUUAUGCCCGACAAACGCUGAACAUCAGCGGCCUGCCGACGCUCCACGGUCGCCGCGGCGAAGACGACGCUCAAAAUGGGCUUGGCAGGAAACUCAAAAAUUGUCUUACCGG